UUAUACAUAUAUUUGUUUUGCAUUUGUAACUUCAUCUGUUCUUUUAAAUUAAUUUUUCUUUUCUUAGCUAUCUCAAUUUCAAUCAAAAAUUAUUUUUUAAUUAUUGAGAUGCUUCACAAUUUUUUGACAAAAAUAGUAUGCCGAAACUUUUCUAUUUCUUCACCGCUCCAGAAAUCUGUUUAUUUGAGGAAUAUUCCAAAAAAUCUCAACAUGAAGGACUUAAUAUCUUUUUUCUCUGGUUAUGGCGAGAUAAGCAAUAUCAGGAUUGCACAAAAUAAUUAUGCUUUCGUUGACUUUUCGAAUGAUGAUGAUGCAGAUAAGGCAGUGAAGGAGUUGAUGUUUAGGGAAAUUAAAGGAUCCCCCAUUUGGCUUGAAAUGGCUAAACCACAAAAGGAUGGGCUUGUUGAUUGGGAUGCAUAUAAAAAAAUGUUUAAGCAGUAUUCGCCAGAGAAGUUUGUUAAGACAUCGGAUCGUCUCUUUAAGAAAGGCGACUGGAUUCAAGCGGCAGAAAAUUCUUACCUAGCAGCCGUUUAUUGUAUAAAGUUUUUGGCUCUUGAUCAGCAAAUACAUUUGACAUCACAUGAUGAAAUUCGAAAAUUUUGUGAUUUUCUUGUGUUCAACGAAACGUUUCGCUGUGUCGACAAUGGACUUACCUCAAUUAUUUUGGGUCAUGGUUAUAGUUCAGGAGAAGAGCUUCAUCGUUUUAGUCUUGGCAAGACUUGUGAUAGUAUUGAACAAAUUGGGAUUUAUAUGAAGAAAGUUAAAAAAAUGGUCAAAGCAUUUCGGACAAUCAAACCGGAAACUGUUAAAGAAGCAUUGAAGGAUUCAAAAAUGUGGGAAAGAUACCGAGAGAAGCCAGGCGAAACUUCAUUGUCGGAGGAUCGAUCAGAACUUGAAAAUGAUGAUGGAGUGUCAUUUAGUACUGAAGUUGUUGAUCAGGAAAUGGAAUCGACAAACCUGUCUACUGAACCAAUUCAUCUUAAACAGAUGCAAUCGAAAUGAGGAGAGAAUUUUAAGAAAAUAUUCUUAAAUUAUGUUUUCAAAUAGUAUAUUUUCUACAUAAAAUCAAUAAAUCAUUGUUACAAAAACCUUUCAUUCCAAAAGUUUUAGUAUAAUAAAUCUUUGUACAAAAACUUGUUCAGUUAUUUUAUAGGUACUAUCGCAUUAGCUGCCACCAUUUUUUAUUUUUCAUCUCCUUUAUAUUUUCAAAUUAUUUGAUCCUUAGUAUGUUCCUUAAACCCAUGUUUACACAUUUUGG